AUGACCCUCAUGGCCGUGGCAGCGGACUCUGUCCAACCCGACGCCCAGAUCACCCUGGGAGCCAUGGCAGACCAAGACCCCAACACCCACCGCCAGGGCAGCAUGAAGCGUCGCCAGUUCGGUAUUUAUGCUUCAAGGCGGUCCCAUUCGAAACCUAUCUCUACUUCUGACGUUCCAGAGCGUCACGAGUCCGAGUUCCCAGCAGCCCACCCACAACCCUUGCCCACGUCUCCUCCGCGCUGGGACUCGCUGGCCAACAGCUCCGGCAAUUUUGUAAUGCAACAAAACUCGAUCAACUCCCACGUGCAGCCGCUCUCUCCUCGACGUCCUGCCUAUGAUUCUGAUCGCCACUACCCCUCCUCACCUACGUUCCGCUCGCUGGCUCCGAGUCCGAGCCAUGAUCUCGAAGACGACUUGAGUGCCGACGAAUGGACCAGCAGAGCCGUCGCUCGCUCGAUUAGAUCCCCGAUACCCUACGACGACGACGACGACCGUUCCUCGAUAGAUACCAUGCAGGUCGACAACUUCUCCCGUCCGAGAAGGCCUAGCAUCAAGCAGCCCCUCCAAGACUCCUACCACUCGCGAGCCGCCCGGUCUCCUUCAGAACCGCGCUCUGACCCCAACUCGCAUCAGCAUGCAUGGCCGCGGCCCCGGGGUCAGUCGGGAUCCUCUGCAAAGUCGGCCUCGACGUUUGCCUCGAUCCCGACCGCAGGGAGCGACCACUACGAACCCCGCGCUCCGUCUCGUUUGCGAAGUGCACCGCCUCCGUCAGGCCUUGCCCGUCCUCCGUUGGCGUAUGGCCGUGUAGAUAGCUCGAGUUCCGGCCUGUCGGUGCACACCCGCGAGGCGCCGUGGAUGAGUGGGGAAGACGAGAUGAGGUCGAGCUACCGAUCUCAAAUGACUGCGUCGAGUGCACAGGGAACGUACGUGACGGAAAGAAGCAGUGUUCUCACCAAGAAUAGCUCAAUCCCAUCGCUGUACGCUAACGGGGAGGAGCUUAGUGUCGAAGACGUUAUGGGUAUGUACGAGAAGGGCUUCCGAGACGACUCCAGCCCCGAAGACAACGACGACGUCCGUCCAGUCCCGGCCGCCGAGAUCAACAAGCGGAACACCAGAAUGCUGGAAGCGCUGAGCGAACCACGACCGGCACAUGCCAACUCUUUGACCAUCCCGGCACCUGAUACGAUUGUCCGUGAAUCGACGGCCAUGUUCAACAUCGCUGGGCACCCGGCCUCUCUGCCGAAAGAUCUCGGCUUGCUCGACCAUGAUCAGAAGGCGGACGAAAAGGAGGAGAAGGAAAAGCGAGACUCUGCAAAGUCUAUCCAAAGCGACACGCCGGCCACAUCCCCGCAGCUGGGCAGUCUUUCGGCCUCUUCGGUACAGACGGCCGUGGAGCCUGAGCCGGUCGAAAUCGAAGAACCGGGAGCACGAGAUCGGUAUGGCUUCAAAAAGGCCAAUCAGUAUAUCACCAGACAGCAGUACGACGCCUGGGACAAGGGUUACUCUGAGUACCUCGAUCGGCGGCGGAAGAAGUGGACAGCCUUUUUGCGAGAGAACGAGCUCAUCACGAACCACCCUGAACGAUUUCCUCCCCAUAGUGCCAAGGCCAAGCGGUUCGUUCGCAAAGGAAUCCCUCCCGAAUGGAGAGGGGCGGCCUGGUUUUACUACGCAGGUGGCCCUGCCAUCCUGGCAAAGCACGCGGGCCUCUACGAUACCUUGCUGGAAAAGAAGGCCAAAGACGUCGAUGUAGAGGCCAUCGAGCGAGACCUCCAUCGGACGUUCCCCGACAACGUGAAGUUUAAGCCUGCGAACAUGGCAUCGAAGCCCAACACGGAACCUGUGCGAGAUGGCCAGCCAACGGAGGACGAAGGUGGGGAUAAGAACGAGCCCGAGAUCAUCUCGUCUCUCAGAAGAGUGCUCCAUGCCUUUGCCAUUUACAACCCACGUAUCGGCUACUGCCAGAGUCUCAACUUCUUGGCAGGUUUACUGCUCUUAUUUCUGGACUCGGAAGAAAAGGCCUUCUGGCUUCUUAACGUCAUUACCCGUGUGUACCUGCCUGGCACACACGAAAUGAGCCUCGAAGGCUCCAAAGUGGACCUUGGUGUCUUGAUGAACGCCAUCAGGGAGUCCAUGCCCGCCGUGUGGGCCAAGAUUGGCGACGAUAUGGAGGGUGACCCGAAUGCGGCGCGGCCGGCAAAACCAGUAAAGAAGCCGAGGUCGAGGAGAAAAAACCAACCCAGCAUUUCGUCCAACCGACUUCCUCCCAUUACACUCUGCAUGACGGCCUGGUUCAUGAGCUGCUUCAUCGGCACUCUGCCCAUUGAGAGCACGCUACGCGUUUGGGACGUCAUCUUUUACGAAGGGUCCAAGACGCUGUUUCGCAUUGCCCUGGCCAUCUUCAAACUGGGCGAAAACGAGGUUCGAUCCAUUACGGAUCCCAUGGAGAUGUUUUCCGUCAUCCAAGCAAUGCCUCGCCGGCUGCUAGACGCAAAUGCCCUCAUGGAAGCCUGCUUCAAGCGUCGUAAUGGGUUUGGUCACCUCAGCCAGGUAACGAUCGACACGCAGCGGGAAGAGAGGCGUGUCAAGGUCCAGACGGAGCACCAGAGAGCCGCCACGUACGCUGCCGGCACGGCGACCGGCCGUAACGCUAUCGCGGACGAAGGAGAGGUUCGUAGGAAAGGCACCCUCUUCGGACGUAGGAAGUCGGGUAGAUCAGCAGAGGUCAUGUGA